AUGAUUCCUGGCUACGCUAUGCAGGUGAUGUGUAUCGCCUUUUAUAGCUGUGUUGUCAUUGUGGUCCAUCGGAUCAAAAGUACUGAUUGUCAAGCUGCACCAUUCUACACGCUCUUCUUUUAUGUUGGACUUGUCGACAUCGGCCAUGCAUGCGCUCUCUUCUGGAUGUGUUUUGAACAUGAGGUCAUCCGAGGAGAAGUACUGUACCCGAUCACUUUUAUAUGUAGUCUAGCCACCUGUUUCUGCUACCUCGUAAAUAUUAUUGGAAAUGGAUUAAUGGCUAUUAAUCGUUAUUCAGCAACCUAUUUGGGACAUCAUCAGCAUUUCUCAAAGAACCGCACUACCGCGUAUCUGACUGCCACGUUCAUUUUGGCAGCAAUUUCAUCCAUCCCAGCUAUAUUUCGCGAAAGAACGUAUCUGCUGAUUGAUGGCGAAUGGACUUUCACACUAACUCCAAUUUGGUUGAUCCAUUUGCAACGCUACAUCAUCAUCGGCUGGAUGAUUGUCUAUUUUAUUGUUGCCCCAGUUUUCUCUAUAAUGGCUUGGCUAAGAAUCAAGAAUUUCAUUCAUUCUGUCCGUUAUCAUAAGAGUGAUCACACUAUAAUUUACUUCAAUGUUGCACACAUCAUCUGCCAUUUCUUGAUUUUAUGCUUCGAGAUUUUUGAAGUCUACAAACCGGAUAAUACUCUUAUAUCCUUUGUCCACGAACAUUUCUACGUCUUCUUGUUUGGUGCCAUUGUCUUCAAUGGAUUCAGUAUUGUCUUCACUACUAAACGUGUUCGUCAGGGUCUUACAAAACUCGUUUGCCGUGUCACUGAAUUUGGAAGAGGAAAAGUGUCAAGCUCCAACCCAACGACUCAAAUUUUUCAAGUUUCCGGUCGCUUUUAA